AUAUGUAAACAGAGAAAGGAAUAGUAAAAACAGAAGCUGAUUAUUUAGCAUAGAAUCGAGGAUUAUCAUUAGAAUAAUUAUAAGAUGAAAUAAAUAAACUGAAUAGGAGAAUUCUUGAAUUGAAAAGUCUGCAAGCAAAAGAGAUGAUUUAUAAAAAGUAAUAUGAAGAUCAAUGAA